AACUUAUUUUAAAAAGUAUUUCAAAUGUUGCUGUCCAAUGAUAUUUUAUUUUUUCUAGGAUUGCUUAUUGCUACAUUGCCGUGCCUGCCCUCUCAUUGUUUUCACUGAAUUAGUGACUGUGUUGUAGUAAGGAUAGCUUUCACAAGAUUGAACAGUUUUGUCUGGAUACUGAGGAAGUUCAGAUAGAGCUGUCUGUCGCCAUGUGUGUUUGUAAAUGUAGGUCUGAUAGGCUCCAAACCCAGUCAUGACAAAACACUGAAAUGGGAAACUGAGCCUGGGUCCCCCUAUGAAAGAACAGGCAGAGAAUGCACACCCCUCUGGACCACAAAGACACCGCCUCCCUCCACAACCCCCAAGGGCCAAGACCACAUGUGUAUGAUGCCAGGCACCAACAAUCUGAUCCCUAACAGCCAUCAGAAUCUACCUGUGCAAAUUCCUGCAUACAUCAGCAAAUACCCCUUUACCAUCAUAAAAGCACAAAUUAAUCCAAUGGCGACAGAUUUCUGUGUCUUUAAGCAGAGCUUUAACUUGUGCUGGGGCAGUGUGCUAGAUGCUCUGGAAGCCCUGGUAAAGCUGCUCCGGGAAUUUGCUGUGCCUCUAGCCAAAGUGAGUGGUGAACGUUUAGUGGAGUUUGCCCAUGGUUGGGAUGAUGGCUGGAGAAAGGCUCCUCCAGUGACUAGCCUCCUCUCUGUGCUUGAAAACUGGGAGGAGGUUUUGGGCCUGGUCUCACGCCCAGGUCAGCGCUACAAGGGAGAGGGAGGCACAGUAGCCGCUGCCACCCACAUCCAGUCCUGCUGGAGGCGCUACUUAGCCCGGACAUCCUACCUGCACCACUGUCGACGCAAGUGGGCGGCAGAGACCAUCGCCGUCACAUGGUGGAUGCACAAUCAGCUGCGUGGUGUCAGGAAGAGCCUGCAGGCCCAGCGCUUCAGACAGCUGCUGAAUUUCCGCAGCAGAGCGCAGCAUCUGGCAGCCAACUGGAAACACAUCCAGUCCUCCAAGAGGACCAUUAUCCACAUCCCAUCAUUAGGAUUCUCUCAAAGCCAGCGACAGAACUUGAGGGGAUUUGACAUCUUACAGAACAUCCAACUAAGCAGACUGUGUGAUAUUAGAGAUGAAAACGUUGAGGUCGUCUACGUGAGUCCGCGGCAUCUUGGUGACGACAUCUUGCACUAUUACAGCAGCCUGCUGAAGUAUGAGCGUGUCACCGAGGGGGCCGACACCAGGACAACUGAGGCCUCAUCCUGCAGCAGACGCUUUGUCAUCCUCACCCCUGAGGCUGUCGAUUAUUUCCCGACCCAUAAUAUGUGCCUCUCUACGCUGCUAAAGUACAGUCCACACACCCUAAAGCGUAUCCAGAACCUGAUCCAGGGGAAGCAGGCCUAUAUUGUGGGUGGAGUGGCCCAUGUGGAUGACCUGGCUGUUGCUGAUGAGCUAGGAGUGCCAAUCCUGGCUCCAGAACCAACUGUUUCACAGCUCUACAGCACCAAGUCUGGAGGGAGGAGGAUCUUUUUCGGGGCAGAGGUUGAGGUACCGCCUGGUGAAGGAGACAUCUACUCACUUAACCAGCUCCACGGAACACUGGCUGAACUCAUGACUCAAAACAUUCAUGUGCACCGCUGGCUCUUUAAGAUGGACUCGGAGCAUGGUGGACGUGGCACGGCAUACUGUGAUACAUGUCAUCUAAGCUGCUAUAACUGGGCCCUGCAGGAAUACCAUCGUUAUGGUCCUGAGAAAUGGAAGAGAGAAUGGAUUCAGGAGUCUGCACGGCUCAGAUAUUUAGAUGAGAUCCCGGGGUGGCUUGCCCGUUACGCUCGGCCUGCCAAAACCUCCUGCUAUCCCACCUGGGCCAGCUUCCUGAAGACCUUCCUCAGGCAAGGCGGGGUUGUGGAGGCUUACCCACCCUCAGAAAGUGUCACCUGUCUAACGGUAGAUCUGCUGCUGGAGCCUGGGGGUGGAGUCGCCAUGUUGUCCUGUGGAGAACAGCUUCACGACUCCUGUGACCUGGAAUCUUUGGGCUCCACUGUUCCUCAGACCUCUGUACACCCUGACAGCUUGAAUUCCAUCUGCAUGCGUGUGGGCCAGACCUGUAUACAGCGCCUUAUUGUGGGAUACAUCUCCAUGGACCUGGUUACCUUUGUGAACCCCAACACCAUGGAGCAAAAGGUGUGGGCCAUUGAUUUGGACCUCAAAUACAGUGAUCAGCUGGCAAUGACCCAGAUGCUUCUGAUGAUGACUGGAGGAACGCUGAAUUGCCUUACAGGCUGUUUAGAAGUGCCAAUGCCAAUCAGGGAGAAAUGCCAUGAACACCAGACUGCUGCCAAAACUCCUGUGGAAAAUCGUUUCGCAGUUCUUGGGAGUCACUUAUUUCACUUAAACCUUUCCAUGUUGUACCAUAAUGUUUUCCUCAAGAUGUGCAAGGCUCAUGGAAUAGGAUAUAACGUGAAGAGCAAGGAAGGGACUGUUUUUGCUCUUUACGACAGCAUAGAGAGAUGCAAUAUGGGAAUGAUGACUGUCUCAGAAGAUCUCCGGGGAGCUCUAGUGACCUUUGCUCAGAAUCUGUCAGUCAUUCAUCAGGAAAUAUCAGCCUCUAAAAUGCAAGGAGGAACCAAUUUCAAGGAGCUGAUCAAGGAAAUAGAAAAAGUACUGCAGCAGAUUGCACAGAACAAGAUGAGAGCGCUGGAGGAUAAAACUGCUGCUUAAACAGUUGCUUCACUCGUAAACUUGCCUGACUCGAGUCAAGUUGCGUCAUCAUGUGUCUGCUUGCUUUAAUGUUGAAUGAAGCUGUGCAAACAUUUACACGAUUUAUCGCGUAGUGAUAGUCAAAUAAACUACUGAAAAACAUGUCACAGUCUGUCAUGACAUUUUAUAACAAAAGGUUUUAUCAUCCGGUCUGUAUGUUGUGAGUGUAACUGUGUAACUUUUGCUGCCUCUUGGCCAGGACUCCCUUGAAAAAUAGGUUUUUAAUCUCAAUGGGACUUUAAAAUAAAUAAAGGUUAAAUAAAAAAUAAUAAAAAUCCGUAAAGUUAGAGACUAUCUUUUUGUCUCAUGGUGAAUCAUGAAAUACAAUGUUUCAGGAAUUCAGUAUAUAUUUUGUUGAAAAUGUAUGAAUGGAUAGGCUAACAUGUCAGUGUUCGCAGUUAAUGAUGUUAAAAAAAUGUCAUGAUUGAGAUUGUUUUUGAAUUCAUGCUUUACAUCUAACCAGUAAUCCACAUUAGCAACUAAUAUCAAUACAUUUUGAUUCAUCAAUAAAUAUACGGACAUAAACUAUGCAGCAAUAAUGUUUGUGUUGUUUAUUUCACUAAGGCACAAA